UGUAGCAAAAACGUCUUUUUGGAAGAUUUAUUACUAGUGGAAGCGUUUUUUAUGUCCAAAUUCUUUGUGAUGUCGUAAUAUUUUGAUAAAAUUUUGUGCGUGCUACUAACGAAUGGUGUAUUGUUUUACUCUCUUUCAUGAGAGUUGAGUGGAAAAUAAACACACAUAUACUGAACUAUUUGACAGGAGGGCCACUGAACAUUGUGAAUAUCGUUGAAGCGUGAGAUGUCCAAUGUAUCCUAAACGGGUUAGGAUAAAGUCGAUAGAGCUCAAUGGCUGAGCGCCUUAGCCCUAGAAGCUCGGAGGUCAAUGCCUUGGAACAACGAGGCUAUCUUAUCGGCAAAAAAAUAGGACAAGGAUCGUACGCCACUGUUCACCUGGCGGAAUACUGCGAUGCAUCCAGCCCCAAACGGAUGCACCUCGCCUGCAAAAUAUUCGAUAAAGAAAAGGCCCCUCGGGAUUUUUUAGAAAAGUUUUUUCCUCGUGAACUAGAUAUUCUAACGAAAAUAGAGAACCCGCACAUCAUACAAGUUCACAGUAUUCUACAACGAGGACCACGGGUAUUUAUAUUCAUGCGCUAUGCCGAUAACGGCGACCUUCUGGAUUUCAUAAAGCGUAGCGGUGUUGUGCCAGAAAACCAGGCCAAGCUGUGGUUUCGACAAAUGGCUAGCGGACUGCAAUAUUUACACAGUAAAAAUAUUGCGCAUCGUGAUCUCAAAUGUGAGAAUAUUUUGUUAUCAAGACGGUUUAACGUCAAACUGGCUGAUUUUGGUUUUGCGCGACUCUGCACGGAUAGUGAAAAUAGGCGCGUACUGAGCCAGACAUAUUGCGGAUCUGCAGCAUACGCAGCCCCUGAAGUAGUAAGUGGGACACCUUACAACCCAAAACUUGCUGAUGUUUGGUCUCUAGGAAUCAUUCUAUUUAUAAUGCUUAACGCUUCAAUGCCAUUCGAUGACUCCAAUCUGCGCAAGCUUCUCAAAGACCAAAUGUCUCGGAAUUGGGUAUUUCGAUCCCGAAUUCGUGAUAGUGUGUCUGCUGCCGCAAAAUCUAUUGUGCGACAUAUAUUAGAGCCGGAUAUUACGUUGAGGCUUACUCUAGAUCGCGUUCUAUCCCAUGAAUGGACGAGACCUCGGAAAGAUAAAAGCGCUAGUCUUAUGGGGCGUUUAGUGCAAUCCGCUCCUUCGGCUCCGCACUCACCAGGCAAACACGAAGCCGGUACAUCGGCCGGCGCCCGCGUCUCUGGUGACCAUCGAGAAAUGGAACGCGAGAGGCAUGAUGACAUCAACAUGCGCUCCCACGACUAACAGUCUGCAGCAUUCACUCUCUUAAAUACUAUACACUACAACAGGCAGUAACCUCUUUGUAUAGUAAGACUACUCCUUUCGACCUUCAAAAAUUGUAAAUUUAUUUUAUUAUUUAGAGUUUUUUUUUACAAUUGACGUCGUAACUAUUGUUAG